AUGUCUAAAACGCUCCCAAGGCAGUGGGACCACAGGGAGGGGUGGUGGGUGCAGGGGCUGAGGCUGCUCCUUGGGUGUUGGUGGGCACUGAGGUGGCCGUGUCCCCUGGUGGUGUGUGGGGUGGUGGUGAGAGCAGCAGCGAGGGUGAGCCACAACGAGCGGCUGUGUUUGGCACUGUUGGUGUGGGUGCUCAUCCCCAUCAUUGCUGUCUGCCUGGGGCUCCUCAUGGUAGGCAUGGUGGGUGUCCCAGCAGUGCUGGGCAUCCAUGCGUCACAACAUGAAGACACCACCAACCUCUGCCCAAGCAGCAUGGCUGUCUCAGACUUGCUCACCCUACUGGGGCUGUCCAUGGUCCAUGGCCCCUGGCCCUGGCCCUUCAUGCAGCUGCUGUGCUGCCCCUACCUCUGGGGCUACACCUGUGUCCCCCACAUCACUGCCAUCACCAUGCAGCAUUACGUCACCAUCUGCUUCCUCGAGGCCAAGGUGGUUGUCACCAACCAUCAAGUAAAGGCCGCCAACGGCAUCCUCUGGGCCUUCACCUUCCUCUCUACCAGCCCUUUCUUCUUCCUGGUCAGUGUGGAGCAGCCUGACAACCACACUGACUUCAGCCAUGACUGCAAGCACACGCCACAGGCCAUAGAUCCCAGCCUGCUGGCCACCAUGUUCUGGGGCACUCACAUCUGCCUCAGUGUCCUCCUACGGUUUCACCAGCGGGGAACUGUGGUCUAGAGGCCCACACUCCUGCACAGGGUAGGGAUGGUGCAGGGGAACAUCCCAGCCAAGCUACCAAGCCCUCCAGUGCUCCGAGGGACCGCUGCAGCAGGGAUUUUGCUCCCUCACAGCUAAGGCUUCACCUGGUGUAGCACUGCACAUCAGCAGUGUGACUGCUGUCACAGGAACAGCCCUUUCUGAACUUCACCAGGCAGAACUGAGUAUGAGGGAGUUUGCAGCUCCAGAGAGACUGAGGUAACAUCAACCACCUCCUCCAGUGGGCACUUCUAGGCCCUACACUUCUGCUGCUGAAAAAGGAGGUUGAUUUUCUUAGUGUCUUUCAUAGCUCUCCAAGGAAUAAAUCCACUGGUUGCCCAUGCAGGUUGAAAACCAGCAGCUUAACCCUUAUGAGCCGUUGGCAGAAAAACCACCCAAUACCAAAGCGCUUCCUGCUGAUGUAGGAUGCUGUUAAUUUUUAGUUCAUUUUCUUAGUCCUCAGUUCAUUAACAUAGUGUCAGGCUCUGGGACAUUAGAGAUCAUAGCCUGAUCUGGGGCUUUAAACUUUGUAAACAAUGACCAAUUGGAAGAAAAAAGGAAAGAGAAGAAACGAACAAAGAAAUCCAACUAUUGAUUAAUAAGCAUACAACAAAAUGCCCUGGUCCUUACU